AUAUAUUGGAUCAACAUUUUGUGUCUAUGGCAGACAAACUAUUGAAUAAAACGCCGAAGAAAGAUCAAGGCACCAUCAACAACAACACCAGUAAUAAUAACAUCUUGAAAAAAAUUGUUGAAACGUCUGUUAAAAAACGUUCAUUAAAAUCAUCAUCAUCAAAAUCAAUAUCAUCAUCAUCAACAGCAACAAAAUCGAAUAUUGUUUCAUCAUCAAAAGAGUCUAAUACUAAUAGCAAAAACAACAACAAGUCUCGUUCAUCACCUAUCUUGACAAGAUCUCGAUCUCGAAACAUCAGCGACAUUUGUUGUUUCCCUUCGUCAUCAUCAACAUCAACAUCAUCAAUAACAACACCAACGACGUCGACGAGUAAUAGUGAUAAUAGCAUUGUCGUCAUAGCAGCACCAGCAUCAUCAUCAGUAAAUAAACGUAGUACAUCGAUUGUUGAUACCCGUGAAAAUAAUUGUGCCAUAAAUCGCAUUACAGCAACCAAUAAUAAGCGUAAAAGUUUGGAACAACAAAAUAAUAUCAUCAGCAGCAUUGAUAAUAAUACUAAUAUCAAAACCUUGGUGGUAUCGAAGAAAAAACAACGUAAAGUAAUACAAUUUCAUUAUAAUACAGUUGUUUCUGAAGAUUUAUCCAGGCCUACUACUCGUAAACAGCAACGAGUACAGGAAAACAAUUUGCAGCUGAAAACGGAAGAAAAGACGAUAGAAGAUUCUUCAUCUACGCAACAACAAUCAUCAUCAUCAGGAAUUCAGAAUAAUCGUGUAUCGAAAAAACGUACAACAAUCGAAGCAAAAGUUUUGUCAUCAAAAAAGAAACCGAAAACAUCAUCCACCAACAAUUUGAUCAGUGGAAGUGAUAGUAAUAAUAAUUUGAAAAAAUUAUCAAUUGGAACAACAAGCAAUCAUUACGAAUCAGCAACAACAAGUGGUAAACGACGAACACCACCAAACAGUAGUAUCAUUAAUCGUAUUGUUAUGGAGCAAAAUGGUUCGAAUUUCUCCUCAAACAACAACAACAACAAUCAUCAUUCAACGGCAAAUAACUCAUCAACCAAUAAUGGCAAUGCAAAUGUUAAUGAAUCGAAUACAACAGCAGCACAUCAGCUUAAUCCACCUGGAACCAGUGCCAUAUUAAAUACAUAUGCAAUGACUUCAUCAAAUGAUAAUGAUAAUGAAGAUAGUGAUAUGAAUCGUUUGCAAACGAUUCUUGAAUCACGGGCUCUUCAACAACAUUUUCUUGGUAUUCCUCGUAUGCAGAAUCUAUUCUAUCGUUCGUUUAGCAGUUCGUCGAAUACAAAAGCUCAACAGUUAUUGAAUGGAUUGAAUUCAGCUGCAAAUGAUUCGGAAAAGCUUCAUUAUGUGCUGGAAAUGUGUCAGAUUUUGCUGAUGGGCAACGAAGAUACAUUGGUCGGUUUUCCUAUCAAGGCGGUUGUGCCUACAUUAAUAAAUCUAUUAUCGAUGGAACAUAAUUUCGAAAUAAUGCAUCAUGCAUGUCGCGCAUUAACAUAUAUGAUGGAAUCAUUGCCCCGUUCAUCUGUUGCUGUUUUGGAUGCUAUUCCAGUUUUUCUUGAAAAACUGCAAGUAAUCCAAUGUAUGGAUGUGGCUGAACAAUCAUUAUCUGCGCUUGAAAUGCUUAGUCGUCGACAUAAUAAGUCAAUAUUACAUGCCAGAGGUGUAUCGGCAUGUCUUACCUAUUUGGAUUUCUUUUCGAUUGAUGCUCAACGUUCAGCAUUGAACAUAACGGCAAAUUGUUUUCAGAAUCUAUCACCAGAUGAUUUUCAAUAUGUUCAGGAUUCAUUACCUAUUCUUGGUUCGCAUUUAACUAUCGAAGAUAAAAAAUGUAUUGAAAGUAUUUGUCUUGCAUUCUAUCGUUUGGUGGAAUGUUAUCAAAAUGAUUGUGUUAUCAUCAGUGAAAUUGCAUCCACUGAAUUGUUAACUAACAUACAAAAUGUUCUUAUGACCAAGCCGCCCAUACUAAGCACUGGACCAUUUGUCAAUGUGAUACGAAUGUUGUCCAUCAUGUGUCUUUCCUGUUCACAGAUUGCUGUCGAAUUGCUAAAAUUGAACAUUUGUGAGACGCUUAAAUGUUUGCUACUGUGUGGUGAAAAUAAUAAUAAUAAUGUAAAAGAGAAAAAUGAUGAAAUGAAUUUGAUUUCACGGAGUCCACAAGAAAUAUGUGAACUUACAGCAUUUAUUGCUGAACUGAUGCCUAGUUUACCAUCCACUGGAAUAUUUUCAAUAGAUACAUUUUUUUCAAAAUCAAAUCUUCAGUCUUCCGAAGUUGCCAUUUGGCAAUGGAAAGAUGAUCGUGGCCUAUGGCAAGCAUUCAAUGUUGUUGAUAAUAAAAUAAUCGAAUCGGCUCAUCAAUCAGGCGAAGAUGAACUAGAAUUGGCCAGUUUAAAUCGUACUUAUAUUGUCGAUUUUAAUUCGAUGCAGAAAAUUUGUGAAGAUACUGGAAAUUCUUAUGCAAUUCAACGAAAAACCAACACAUUUACUAGUUCGGAGCUUCAUGCCCGCAAUAAUAUGCAGACAAUCGAUCCAAGAUCCGAAUUCAUUUAUAACGAACACAAAUUGAGUAGUAAUUUCAUCAAAUUUGUUUUCAAAGUAUUAUACGAAGUAUAUAACAAUUCAGCGGGUUUUUCCGUUCGUUAUAAGUGUCUUAAUGCUAUCCUACGUAUUAUCUAUUAUGCACCGAGAGAAUUGUUGAUUUUAAUUCUUGAAGAUCAAGCAAUUUCCAGUUCUAUUGCAACAAUGUUGGCAUCACAAGAUUUACGAAUUGUUGUUUGUGCCGUCCAGAUGUGUAAUAUUUUUAUGGAAAAAUUGCCCGAUAUUUUUUCAAUAUUUUUUCAGCGUGAAGGUGUUAUUCAUCAAAUUCGUAAACUAUAUUCGGAUGAAACAAGAUUUGUUAUGGAUAUUAAUAAUAAAUCAUUGCCAUUAUCAUCACGUGAUAUGCUGAUGAUGAACAGUAAAACGCCAUUAUUAUCUUCAAUAAACAGUGGCAAUAAUAAUAAUAGUGGCAUUGUAUAUACAAACUCACCAAUGGCUAUAUUGGAAAAUGCUCAAAUGAUUCUUAAUCGUACAGCUAAUGAAUCUAUUUCGGCCGUUAUCGAAAGCAGUCUUUCGUCUGCCAAUUUUUCAUCACAUUCGUCUGUAAUUAGCAAUCAAACACAUUCGAACCCUUCAUCCAAAUCAUCAUCAUCAUCGUCAAAUAAUAAAAUUUCGCAACAAUUAUCACAAAAUUCUGAUCAACUUUCCUCGGGGAGAAACGAAGAAAUUUCGCGUCGAAAACGUACACGUAAAAGUAUACCAUUUUCUGGUUCUCGAAAUUAUGAACAUUCAUCAACAAAUGAAAAUAAUGUUGGCAAUAAUACAACAACUAGCGACAGUGAUCUAAACAUCUGCAGUAGUUUAUCUACUACCUAUCUGAAUAAUUUACCAUUUUUGGUCAGCGAAACAAUCAACGGUUCUAAUCUGAACAUAACAGCAAACGCUGCAGCAGUAAAUAAUCAUAGUGGCAAAAGUAGUAAUUCAUCAACACGGUUAGGAUCAUCAUCGAAAGAUUUUCUUCAACGAUUGAAUCCAACACGUUGGGCUCGAUGGACACAGAAUUCAGUGAAUCCCAAUUCGAAUGUCAUUCCGACCACUUCGAAUGUGACGGCUAUAGCAAAAGACAUAGCAUCUAUGCAGAAAUCUUCUAACUCGAACAAAGAUAAGAUUAAAUCAUGGAUCAAAGAACAGGGAAAAAUUUUCGAUGAUAAAUACUUCACUAAAACAAAUAUGAAUGAAAAAGACACUCAUUUAUCAUCAAACAUUUUGGGUGAUUUAAACGAAGCAAUCAAUAUAUUGAAACAAGAUUCAACUAAAGGAUUGCUAUCAAUCAAAAACAUUCUGAUGGACAGUGAUUUAUCUUCAUUCGAACUCAUUCACAGUGGUCUGGUUAGCAAUUUAUUUUCAUAUUUGACAAUGAAUGUUACCGAUAAUGUAAUGAUGGUUGAAAAACAAGAAAAUGAUUUACGAUCAUUUUUGCAUAUAUUCAUUGGGGCACCAAAAAGUGAUAUGGCUGAAAAUAUUGAUCAAUUGAAUUUUGAUACUAAACCUUUGGCUAUAUUAGUGAACAAAUUGAAUGCUUGUGUUUCACAAUUGGAGCAAUUUCCUGUUCGAGUUCAAGAUUAUGCUGUUCAUUCUCGAGGUUCGAAUGCUUUCAAAAGUAUCAAUUCACAUCUUCUCAAAAUCAGCUUGAAUCGACAUCCAUCAUGUACGAAUCUGAAAAAAUAUAAAGGCCCAUUGAUCAAAUUGGAUCCAUUUACAACAGUUCAUGCUAUUGAACGUUAUUUAUUAGCAAAAGGAUAUGGUAAAAUCAAAGACAGUGAUGAUGAUCAAAGCGAUGACGAUUUAUCUGAUGAUGAUACAUUUGAUAUAAAUCUCAGUUCCUCUAGUCAGAUGCAAACAAGACAACGACUUCAAUUAUUGAUUCAUGAACAUGUAUUGCCUUAUAAUAUAUCCUUGUAUCAAGUUAUCAAACAAUUCAUGUCUAAUGAAAUCGAAAAUGAUGGUGAUGAUCAUCAACAAAGUAAUUCCAAAUUUUGGGGUUCAACAUUUCCCAUCUAUUAUCGACCUUUAACCGAAGCAAAUACAUUGAAUUCGUCAACCAAUUUUUCAUCGGUUUCAUCUUCAUCAAAUAUCAACAACAACAACAACAAUAAUAAUAAUAAUAAUAAUGGCCGAUCACGAAGUAAAAGCAAAAGCAAAACAAGUGCCAAUAAAAAGAAAGAUGGACUAUGGUUGGAAGGAAAAAUAUCGAAAAAUGUUUCGCCAUUAGAGCCUUAUAUAAGGAACAAUAAAACGAUCAAUGUAAAUGCCAGUGAUCAAACGGUCGAAGUGAUUUCUUUAUUACGAGUUCUUUACGGUAUUAACCGUUUUUGGGGACAUUUGUAUAAAUUUUCACACAUCUAUAAUCCUGCCAUACCGUUGAAAGAAUUUACCAAUAAUAAAUUAACUGUCAAAGCUAAUCGCCAGCUUCAAGAUCCUGUGGUCAUCAUGACAGGAGGUUUACCCAAUUGGCUUUCAGAACUUGCAUACGCAUGUCCAUUUAUGUUUCCAUUUGAAAUACGUUAUCUUCUUUUUUAUGUUGUUUGUUUUGAUCGUGAUCGAGCAUUACAUCGAUUAUUCGAAAAUACACCCGAAUAUUCAUCAAGCGAUAAUCGGGAACGUUUUUUGACACCUCGAUUGGAAAAACGUCGAAAACUUAUACCACGUAAUGAAAUUUUCCGUUUUGCCGAAUCAUUGUUCAGUGAUGUGUCCAAUUCAAAGUCAAUGUUGGAGAUACAGUACGAAAAUGAAGUCGGUACCGGACUUGGUCCUACAUUGGAAUUUUAUGCUUUGGUAUCCAAAGAAUUUCAACGAGCUGAAUUGGAAAUGUGGCGCGGUGAAGUUUUGACAAAUAAUAUUAAAAAUGAAAAAUCCGAUUCGUCCACCAAUUAUAUCAAUUCAAAUUAUGGGCUUUUUCCUGCACCGAUCGGAAGAAAUGCUAAACCAUCAACUUCGACCAAGAUUAAAAACCGAUUCAAAUUGUUGGGCAAAUUUAUGGCCAAAGCAUUGAUGGAUUUUCGAAUGAUUGACAUCAAUUUGAAUAUAAUAUUCUAUAAAUGGGUUUUGUGUGAAGAAUCCACACUUUCGGUUUCGGAUCUUUAUCAUCUUGACUAUACCUUUUUUUCAUCGAUUUCACAAAUGUAUAGAAUUGCUCAAAGGAAAUCAAAAAUGAAUAUAAAUAGCAAUUCUGAAUUAUUGAAAUUGCAAGGAAGUUCUAUCGAAGAUUUAAAUCUUGAUUUUAUAAUGCCCGGAUUUCCUAAUAUGGAAUUGCGUAGAGGUGGAAAAGAUAUGGCAGUCACUUUGAACAAUUUGGAAAAUUACAUCGAAUUGGUUUCAUGCUGGAGUCUACAGGAAGGUGUAGCCAAACAAAUGGAAGCUUUCAAAGAAGGAUUUAACUCGGUUUUUGAAUUGUCUCGUCUCAAACUAUUCUAUCCGGAAGAACUUCAGCAAUUAUUUUGCGGAUCAAGUUAUAAAAGUUGGGAUCAGAAAAUGUUGAUGGAAUCAUGUAAAAUCGAUCAUGGAUUUACUCACGAAAGCAGAGCAAUCAAAUUUUUAUUUGAAAUUCUCAGCUCAUAUAAUCAUGAAGAGCAGCGAAAGUUUUUGCAAUUUUUGACCGGUUUUCCACGGCUACCGAUCGGCGGUUUCAAAAGUCUUAAUCCACCAUUCACAAUUGUCAAAAAGAAUCCCACUGAAUCGGAUAAUUUGAACUGUUUGCCAAGUGUUAUGACUUGUGUUAAUUAUCUAAAGCUACCCGAUUAUCCAACUAUCGAUAUAAUGCGAGAAAAAUUGAAUAUCGCUAUCAGUGAAGGACAAUUUUCAUUUCAUCUUUCGUAAAUUUUGUUUUGGCCGCUAAUUGGACACAAACUAAACUGAAAUGAAUGAAUGGUUCAAGAUAUAAAUAAUUUU